UUUCCUUUUCUCCCUCUCCAGAGCGAUCAUCUUGCUCAUCAUUCGGUUUCUGGGGAAAAGAUAGGACUAUGGAUGCAAGUUCUCGAAUGGUACAAUAUAAAAAGCAGAAGUUGGAUCGAGCAGAAGAGAUGAUAGGAGGCAGCAAGAGUUUAAGCAAUUUACCGGAUGUGCUUAUUGUAAAAAUUCUCUCCUUGCUUCCAACCAAAGAUGCUAUCAGGACAAGCAUUCUGUCUAAAAGAUGGGAAUACAUAUGGACAUCACUUCCCAAUCUCAAGUUUAUUCAAUGGAAGUUUGAGAACAAGAGAACUCUCUUGGUGAAUGCUGUGGAAAGAGCGCUUAUUCUUCGUGGCCCUGCUGAUAUUAAAGAGUUCAGUCUUUCAUUUGAAGUGUUGGGGGAUGCAUUACGUGUUAAUACAUGGAUCUCUGCUGUAUUACAGCACAAUGUUGAAGAUCUUUCUUUAGUCCUGCACAGUUUCAAGGACCCAGUUUCUUUGCCUCGUUCUUUAUUUAUGUCUGCGACAUUGAAAGUGCUCCUGCUGGAACUGCCCUGUAUUUUCAAAGUUCCUUCUACUAUUUGUUUCUCAAGCCUAAGGAGCUUAACUCUUUCGUCCGUGGUGUUUUCUGACGACUACUCGGCCCAGCAGUUGUUUUCUGGUUGCUCAGUUCUUGAGGAAAUAUUUCUAUAUGGUUGCAAUUGGGCAAAUCUCAACUUUGUGAGUAUUUCUGCUCCGAAGCUUUUGAGGUUUACCAUAGAUGAAGGGGAUUCACAAAUUUUAAGAGGUUCAGAUGGUUGUCAGAUUAUGGUACUUGGAGUUAGACUCGCAUAUUUUUCUUACACAGGUGAGUUCCUAGAUGACUAUUGCUUUUAUAACUCAUCAGCAAAUGAAGCUCUGAUAUCUCUUAAUUCUAUCAAGAGGGUCCAACAUGUUAGUUACCGGUUGAAUAAGCUUCUUAAUGGGCUCUCUAGUGUGAAGCACCUAACCAUCUGUGAUACUUCCUUUGAGGUGGUUCAGACUAAUGCUUCAGAACAUCUUAUGCCCUCGUUCAAUAAUCUAACAACCUUGAUAUUUGAACGAGUGGAAGUAGAUCUCGGUUGCAAAGGACUAUUGGCCUUUCUUCAAAAUUGUCCUUGUCUCAAGUAUCUUAUAUUCUGUGAGGGGAUUGGUUUGUACUCAGAUGAUGCAAAAGAUGAUGGGAUGUUGGAGCCACUGCCUCCAUGUUUCUUGAAUAGUCUUGAAGAGAUUGAUGUCUUAGAAUUUUGUGGAGAUGAGGAUGAGCUUCAUGCAAUGAAGGUCUUGCUAAAAUGUGCAAUGGUCUUGAAAAAGGUGACUAUUAAUUGGUGCAGCGGUGUUCAAGUGGAACCAAAAACGAUGAAGGACAUUAACAAACAGUUAUUAGAUCUCCCCAGAGGGUCAGGAAACUGCAAAGUUGUUUGUUUGUGCGCUCGUUGAGAUUUAAAUUUCUACUCUAGUUUUGGGAUGCUUCAGUUUUGAUCUGUCUUAGGUUGAACAUUAGCUUUCAACUUGAUCGAAUUCUCCAAGUUGAAUCUUUCUAAACCGAAACUAGCCUAGAGACAAUUUGUUGUAGCUAGAACAUGGAUUGCAAAGGGUGCUGCUGACUAGCUACAAAGCAACAAGUCAUAUGGAACUUUAUUUAGUUCAUAUUUUGAUGUUAGUCUGGAAGAAACUUGGA